AGUCAUAAUCAUUUAUUGUCAUCCAACUGGAGCAUUGAUUUGUCCGUUCAUACGCUACAAGAAGUGAAAAUGAACUACAAUGAGCUAAGUGAAAUUCCGUAUUUUGGAGAAACGACUUCUAAUAUAACUCUCCUCUCACUGGUACACAAUACAAUCCCAGAAAUAAAUGCUGAGCAACUCCAAGUUUACCUUUCAUUGGAAAAUCUAGAUCUUAGUUCUAAUCUUAUCUCAGAAAUUAAAGCUUCUUCUUUUCCACGGAUGCAACUGAAGUACCUGAAUCUGAGUAACAACAGAAUAACUACUCUAGAAGCAGGGUGUCUUGAUAACUUAUCUAGCUCACUAAUGGUGGUGAAGCUGAACAGAAAUAGGAUUAGUGUGAUUCCACCAAAGAUCUUCAAGUUGCCUCACGUGCAGUUCCUGGAGUUGAAAAGGAACCGGAUUAAAAUAGUGGAAAGUCUUACGUUCCAAGGACUGGAAUCCUUAAAAUCCUUGAAAAUGCAGCGCAAUGGGAUUAGCAGACUCAUGGAUGGAGCGUUUUUUGGCCUGGGUAAUAUAGAAGAAUUAGAACUGGAACAUAAUAACUUAACAGAAGUAAACAAGGGCUGGCUGUACGGUCUGCGGACAUUGCAACAACUCUAUGUUAGCCAGAAUGCCAUUAACAGGAUCAGUCCAGAUGCAUGGGAGUUCUGCCAAAGACUUUCUGAGCUAGACUUGUCGUACAACCAGCUGACUCGCCUCAAGGAGUCUGCCUUUGUGGGACUUGGUUUAUUGGAGAAACUAAACCUGGGCGACAAUCGCAUUAGUCACAUUGCUGAUGGUGUGUUUAGAGGCUUGACGAAUCUUCGAACCUUGGACUUGCGGAACAAUGAGAUCUCCUGGGCCAUAGAAGAUGCAAAUGAAGCGUUUGUGGGACUCGGCAGGUUGGAUAAACUAAUCUUGCAAGGAAACCAGAUUAAGUCAAUUACCAAAAAAGCGUUCUCCGGCCUUGAAGGACUUGAACAUCUAGAUUUAAGCAACAAUGCAGUAAUGUCCAUCCAAGAAAAUGCAUUUGCCCAGGCUCACCUGAAGGAGCUGAUUUUGAACACUAGCAGCUUGCUUUGCGAUUGCCAGCUGAAAUGGCUGCCCCAGUGGCUCGCCGACAGCCGUUUACAGCAGGCUGUGAACGUCAGCUGUGCUCAUCCUGAAUGGUUAGCAGGACAAAGCCUUCUCAGUGUGGAUCCUGAUGACUUUGUCUGUGAUAAUUUCCCUAAGCCACAGAUAAGAGUGCAUCCUGAGACCACAGUUGCUCUGCGAGGCAUGAACGUGACUCUGACCUGCACUGCUGUGAGCAGCAGUGAUUCUCCCAUGUCCACCGCCUGGCGUAAAGACAGUGAAGUACUGUGCGAUGCAGAGGUUGAGAAUUUUGCCAGAUACCAGCAGCAAAGUGGUGAGGUGGUCGAGUAUACCACUGUCCUGCACCUUUUCAACGUGAAUUUCACUGAUGAAGGGAAGUAUCAGUGCAUCGUCACCAAUCACUUUGGCUCCAAUUAUUCCAACAAAGCCAAGCUGACUGUCAAUGAGCUGCCUUCUUUCCUGAAAACCCCCAUGGAUCUCACCAUCCGCACUGGGGCGAUGGCCCGGCUGGAGUGUGCUGCAGAGGGCCACCCAACUCCUCAGAUCUCCUGGCAGAAAGACGGUGGCACAGACUUCCCUGCUGCAAGAGAGAGGAGGAUGCACGUCAUGCCCGAGGAUGAUGUGUUCUUUAUUGCCAACGUGAAAAUAGAAGACAUGGGGAUCUAUAGCUGCAUGGCACAAAACACUGCGGGUGGUUUGUCAGCAAAUGCCACGCUGACCGUGCUAGAAACUCCUUCCUUCGUUAGGCCCCUGGAAGACAGAACGGUAACCCGAGGUGAAACUGCUGUCUUGCAGUGCAUCGCUGGCGGCAGUCCUGCCCCUCGCCUCAACUGGACUAAAGACGAUGGCCCUUUGACAGUCACAGAACGGCAUUUUUUUGCUGCGGCAAAUCAACUCCUUAUCAUUGUGGAUGCUGGACUAGAGGAUGCUGGGAAGUACACGUGCAUUAUGUCCAACACGCUGGGCACCGAGCGUGGCCAUAUUUACCUAAAUGUCCUGGCUUCCCCAAACUGUGACUCUUCCCAGAGUGGCAUUGUCCAUGAGGAGGAUGGCUGGACCACAGUAGGCAUUGUCAUUAUUGUCGUGGUGUGCUGCGUUGUGGGGACGUCCCUGGUGUGGGUUAUCGUGAUCUACCACAUGCGGAGGAAGAGUGAAGAUUACAGCAUCACUAACACAGAGGAGAUGAACCUGCCUGCAGACAUCCCCAGCUACCUGUCCUCCCAGGGAACUCUGUCAGAGCCUCAGGAAGGCUACAGCAACUCGGAGGCAGGGAGCCAUCAGCAGCUGAUGCCUCCAGCCGGUAGCUACGUGCACAAAGGCACAGACGGUGGCGCGGCGCCAUUGGUGAUCUGCUCGGACUGUUACGACAAUGCAAACAUCUACUCCAGGACACGAGAGUACUGUCCCUAUGCCUACAUCGCAGAGGAGGACCCCCUGGAUCAAACUCUCCCCAAUCUCAUGGUGCAGAUGCCUAAGGAAACGUAUACAGCACGUAUGCAGCAUGAAACCAGUGCUCUUGAUAAUCUCCUGGCGGACAGAGACAUGUCUGUCUUCCUUACCAACCACGACAAAAUGAGCGAAAAGAAAAUCUCCCCCCAGCAGAUUAAUGAACCUUUUCAGCUUCCUUUAUGGGGAGUAAACAAAGACCUAGCGCUCUCUCGCUCACACUUUCUGCAUCAGCAGUCAGCCCGUGAGACCCCACGGCCUCUCCGAAGCGAGGGCGUUGUUGACAGUGACCGGGAACAAGCUGCUUCGCCCAGGCCUUGCCACAGGUUGCGCGAACACAACUUUGAUUUUAACAGGACACGGAGCAUUCAUGACUAUAGUGAAACCCCGUCAGACACCAAAAUGAAAAUGAAAACAGCUGCGUGGUUUGGUUUUGUAAGGACAGGAAAACCUUUUUGGCGAGGGAGGUGUGAGGUGCAGAUCGGACAGAGCGGCCGUUCUGUCUUCGGUGAGCAAAUGGUUUCCUCGAUCAAAGCCAAAGUGCUAACGGUGCAGGAGCUGGGGGGUCAUAGGACAGCUGCUGUUGACUCUGGGCCAGGAGACUCGUGGAUCAGUGUCCUCCUGCCGUUCGGAUCCUCCGCAGGACCAAAGAGAUUUUCGUGCCAGCACAAGCUGUCAGCCUCUCGGCCCCACGAGGCUUCUCCCGAGUCGGCCUGA